UCCCAUCAUUCUGUGAGUGGAGGAGGAUCCCCCUGCGCAUCCACAGCGGAGAAAGAGACGCCGAACGAUUAGAACAUAUAAAAUAAUCCAAGUUGAGCUUUUUUUCUGCCACCAUGUCAGCUGGAGGAGAUUUGGGGAAUCCCCUGAGGAAAUUUAAACUUGUAUUUUUGGGAGAACAAAGCGUGGGGAAAACAUCUCUCAUCACUAGAUUCAUGUAUGACAGCUUUGACAACACAUAUCAGGCAACCAUUGGAAUUGACUUCCUAUCAAAAACCAUGUACCUGGAAGAUCGGACAGUAAGGCUGCAACUGUGGGAUACAGCUGGACAGGAGCGUUUCAGGAGCCUUAUUCCAAGCUACAUAAGGGACUCUACAGUGGCUGUGGUUGUGUAUGACAUUACAAAUGUGAAUUCAUUCCAGCAGACCUGCAAAUGGAUUGAUGAUGUCAGGACAGAGAGAGGAGGUGAUGUCAUCAUCAUGCUAGUAGGCAACAAGACAGAUCUAGAGGAGAAGAGGCAAAUCACGAUUGAAGAAGGAGAGCAGAGAGCCAAAGAGCUGAACGUCAUGUUCAUCGAGACCAGUGCCAAGACAGGCUGCAAUGUCAAACAGCUGUUUCGUCGCGUUGCAGCAGCCCUACCUGGAAUGGAAAGCCUGGACGACGCUAAUCCCGAAGGCAUGAUCGACAUCAAGCUGGACAAACCAGCAGAGCCCAGUGUUCCUGAGGGCGGGUGCUCGUGUUAAUGCAGAGCUGCAUUUGGACAGCUCCCUUCACACCAUAGGCUUGUUGUGUUGCUUACUACUGGUUAGCUUCCAGUUGAGUUCUCUAAUUGGAUAUGGGAUUAUGGGCCUUGUAUCUGAUUGGACAAAUCAAAUGUUAUCUUUCAGUCUUGUUCAGUUGUAAGAUAUUGUAUACUUUGUCAAUAUGUAAGUGACUGGAGGAGAAAAAGAGAAGAAACACAUGUUGCAAUGAAAACCAACAACAACAACAACAACAAAAAAAAUCAGUUUGGGGGAAAUGAGAAUGGAGAAAAACAGGACAACCAAUGAAGUUCUUUUCGCUUUUAUGUUUUGUAUUUUUUUAUAUAUAUAUAAAAAAAGGGAAAGCACCAAAAAUGAUGCCUAAACACAGAAGGAGAAAAAGUUGGGGUGGGGGUCAGCCAUUUUCCCAAAUGGCUGAACAUGUCUGAAUGUCUGCAGCACGCAUGCACGUUGUUCUGAUCUUUGAUCUUUGACCUUUGACCUGCCUUUCAGGGUCUACACACUCUGGAAGGAGGUUGACCAUCUAAGAAUGUUUUAUAGCAUCUCUCUCUAUAGCAUCUCAUGACAAAACAUGUGUCAUUUGAUAUUCCCACAAGCGUCAACUUCCAGUAGGUUCACCUAAAAGUAGCUGUGAAAACGUGGCACACACUCUCUCUCUCUAUGGGUUUAACUUUUAUAAAACAAACAAUACUGUGGUUGAAAAAAUAAAAAGACAACUUGCUAUCACAACUCCUCAUUCCUUCAAAUAACCCACUCCUUUUCCUUCUUUCCUUCCUAAAACCCACUCUCCUUCCAGUUCCCCAUCCCUUCAUGUCAGUAAUACACAUAUAACAAUCCACUGUAAUGCACUGCACUGUAUAUAAUAAUGUAACAUGUAUGUUGUGAACGUCCUUCUGUAGAAGUGGUCCUUGUUCACCCGUAUGAAUAAUGUAAUAAUGUUUAAUGAUUAAUAAAUUACAGAUUAAAGGGCUUCACUCUCCUAACCAUCAACAUUCA